UUUUUGGUCCAACUUCCUGUAAUAGCUUGCCAUUUCAAACAUCACCUUAGCUGUUGUCGGGUCAUUCACGCACAUGAAUGGGAUGUAAUUUAGAAUUUGAAUGGAAAAGAAAAGAAAACAGAAAAAUCUCGAGACCAGGACGGUACCCGCAAUUUGUUACGGUGGUGGAGCAAGCAUUUUGUCGGUGGCAACAGGAUUGUAGUGGGACGUCCGACCAUCCGAAGUGGAAAUGCUCGCUCUUGUCUUUCUUGUUUUAAUCUCACUUUGUUUAUUCUCCAGGCUUGUUGGAAGGAAAAGGCAAGUAGUUGAUGAAUAUUAUGUGUCAUCUAGGUUUAGCCUAUUAGUUUGUUUUUAAAUUGUUUUAAUACAGAUCGAGGAACAACUCUCACUAAAUAGUCCUUGAUUUUAAUUACGUGCAGUUGUCGUACUUAUCGUGAAAUAGCCAACAAGUUUGUCAAGGGAGGAUCUCAAAAACUGUUGGCAAGUGAUGGGCGAUAGACUGGUUGCUUGUUGUCUGACACGAUGUUUGACCUGACCUAAUAACCCAUAUUCUUUGGCAUUACCCUUUCCAGCCACAUGCACUAGACCGACUGACAGAGAGUACAAUUAGGAUUAAAACAAUUAAGCUUUUUUAUUUUUUGUAUUGUUCAUUUUUACACACUUUAGUAGCUGCAACAUCAUUUAUUAUGCUACGUUACAGCUUUUAUGCAGUUGAAUGUUGUUUUUACAACACAGUUUGGUUUGGUUGUUAGAGGCAAUGCCAAUCUGAAAGUGUUUUCAAUUUUGAAAAUAUCUUAAAUGUUUUCAACACUAUAGUGUUGAAACACUAUAUACUAUAGUGUUUGACUGGAUAAGAACUCAUGGGAGCCACCGUUUGCUGUGAGAAGUAGGUCAAACUCCAACAGCCCCUGAAGACAUUUUGUCCUUUUCUGAGGAAAUGGGCUGACUACUUCCCAAAGGAGCUCUUACUGAGUCUGGUUACUGCUGUUGUAUCCACCCCGCUGUUUUUCACCCUCUGUAGAAAUACCUUGGUGCACAUAAAAACAAGAGUGAACAUGUGCAAAGGUUGUUGCACUUUGCCCAAGUCUGCCCUAUAGCUACUACCGAAGAAUUCCUCUUUCCUCAGUCCAUGACUAUCACACCAUUACCUUUACUCUUAUAUUGAAAAUAGAUUACAAAUACUUAUAUUAAUGACAGCAACAUAUAUUCUUACUGUAAGUCCCAUUGUAAUGCGGCAGCACAAAAAUGAGGGAGGUGGUUCUGUCCUUCCUCAUUGAUGUUAGGAUACUGUCAUCAGAGUGUGUGUUGCAAUCUUUGGCAUGCUGACAAAGCCUCUAUAGCAAAUAUACUUUGAAAGACUCUAGUGGGAUUUGCCGGAUGUGACACUGUUUAUGUUUACUGUUCAGUUAACACAAUUCACCUAAUAUCUGGAUGGUAAAUUAAUUGAAACCCUUUUAUCUUCAGAUUGUAAACCAUGACAUCAUGGAUAUUUUGUGAUGAAAGGAAAAAAUACGAUUUGUGACAUUUGUGAAAAUGAAAUAUGUUUUCUGAUCGCCGUCUAGAAAAUCAUCACAAAAGCAGGAGGGUGUGCCAGGACUCUGCUCAACCUUAGAGUGCAAAUGAAAAAGUAGAAUGAAUAAUAGGGUUUGUAUGUGGAGUAAACAUUUCCUAAUGUGUGGUGAAGGACCAUCGUAUGUGAGUGGUAAGUUCUCUUGACAGGAUCAAAAGUGCCCCUGUAUCUCUUUAGGGCAAUUAGAAUGCAUGGGUGAUUUCUCCCUACCCGUCAACAAUCCAGUUAUUAAUAGCCCUUGGAUCUCGACAUUCAGUGGCCUAAGGACAGAACCAAUGUUUUGGUUUCUGGAUUUCUGUAUCCUUGAGCUUGGAGUAUUUGUCAAAGCUUGUUGGUUGGUUUAGUUAUCUUAUAGUUUUGACAGAUCAUACAUGUAAUGUGACCACACAUACACAUUUAUUGGAUAUAAUUUUGGGUAUUUUGCCUGGUAACGGCUAAUAGUUAUCUCUAAUCACUUUUUGACAGGGUUGCAAUUUCUAUUCGGACCAAUACACCAACACAAAAUCACACCCCUCUUAUUAGCUUUACAAUUAAGAGCCCUUGAGUGAGUCCAGUUCUUUGUGAACCAAGGGUUAUAGUUCUGGCGCAUUGCUGUUUUAUUGGUGGUGGAGCUAUUGAGUGAAGGAACACCUAAAGAGUCAAAACAACAAGACAAGUUUUUCUGAUCCUUAGCAGACUCUCAGAAGUGGUGUUGUUGUGCACCUGAGAGGAUGUUUGUAUUAAGCAGUAUGUGGGACCUUCCUGAUACUCCCUUCAGUGUCAUGAAGCAUCUGUAAUCAAUCACAGUUUGGCAUAGGUUGCUACUUUCCAAUUCUGUAUGAGAAUACCCGUUUUUGGCAGUUAUAUGUGCUGUGGCUCUUAUUGCGUCAGCUGCAGAUAAAAAAUGUUUUGAUGAAACAAGUUGUUGUCCUCAAACACAAAGAACAGAGCAACACGCUGAGAACAUUUGAAUUGGAAUGUUUGUAUAAUACAAAGAACCUCUUUGUUAGGGUUGGGUUGGCUGUGUUGUGGUCAAUCACACCACAGGGAAAGCUGAUACCUGUCCAACCAGAAUCGAUCCCAGACAUGCCUUCUCAUGGAUAUUUCAAACAGACGAGAUGAUGAGCCCCCACUUAUAACAGGCUGGAUUCCCUACCUGGGGAAGGCAGUGGAGUUUGGAAAAAAUGCUCAUAUGUUUCUUGCAGCACAUAAGGAAAAACAUGGAGACAUAUUUACUAUAUUGAUUGCAGGAAAGUACAUUACAUUUAUCAUGAACCCACUGCUGUAUCCCAACGUCAUCAAACAUGGGAAACAGCUGGACUUCCACGAGUUUUCCGACCAGGUUGCCCCGGUAACUUUUGGCUACCCUCCUGUCAGAAGUGGCAAAUUCCCCGGCAUGGAUGAGCAGAUCCAGAGAUCCUUUCGCCUCCUGCAAGGUGACAACCUGACUUCCUUAACAGAGAGCAUGAUGGGUAACCUCAUGCUUGUGUUUCGGCAAGACUACCUGAGGGAGAUGGAGGAGAAUAGGGAUCAGGGUGGUGCUUGGAGGACUGAAAGCAUGUACCAGUUCUGCAGUUCUGUCAUGUUUGAGGCGACUUUCAUGACCAUGUACGGCCAGCCAGAAUACGCCUGUCGACACAGCGGAAUGAGCACGCUCAGAGAACAAUUUGUUAAGUUCGACAACAUGUUCCCGCUCUUAAUCGCCCAGAUCCCCAUCUCUCUCCUGGGUUGGACCAAGUCUAUACGGGAAGAGCUGAUCAACUACUUCCUGCCACAUAGGAUGUCACGCUGGUCCAACACAUCACAGUUCAUCAAAAAGAGAGCUGAGGUCUUUGAGCAGUAUGAUUGUCUUGGAGAUGUAGAUAAAGCAGCUCAUCAUUUUGCCAUCCUAUGGGCCUCAGUGGGCAAUACAAUCCCAGCAACCUUUUGGGCCAUGUAUUACCUGGUAAUGCACCAAGAAGCCCUUGCAGCGGUAUUUAAGGAAAUCCAGAGUGUGUUGAAGCUCUCUGGAAUAGAGGAGCUGAAAAAUAGAGACAUCACUUUCACCAAGGACCAGUUGGACGGUCUUCUCUAUCUGGAGAGCGCCAUCAACGAGAGUCUGCGGUUGUCUUCGGCCUCCAUGAACAUUCGUGUGGCCCAGGAGGACUUCAGCUUACGGCUAGUAGGGGAGCGAUCGGAAGCGGUGAGGAAAGGAGACGUGAUCGCCCUGUACCCUCAGAGCAUGCAUAUGGACCCAGAGAUCUACCAAGACCCCGAGGUUUUCAAGUUUGACCGGUACGUUGAGGACGGUAAAGAAAAGACCGACUUCUACAAGGAUGGCCAGAAGCUGAAGUAUUACCGCAUGCCAUUCGGCUCUGGUUCCACCAAGUGUCCUGGAAGGUACUUUGCGAUAAAUGAGAUAAAGCAGUUCCUGUCUCUCCUUCUGCUUUACUUUGACAUGGAAGUGGUGGAGGGUCAGAAGCGGGUCACCCUGGACCCGAGCCGAGGAGGUCUGGGGAUUCUGCUUCCCGCCACCGAUGUAAGGUUUCGCUACAGGCCUCGCCAAGCCUGAUUGAAUGAUGGACUAUUGGUACCUAGAGAAGGCAGAGCCCUAUGCGGGACAUGUGGAUUGGACGUACAUCUUCCGUAUUAUAUUCAGAGAAAAUCACAGGAGUAAUUGUGGGCCAAAGAGUGGACCCAUAAUGUAUAGCACAGGUAUAUGCUGUUGUCUUAUAGUACAGUAUUCCAUUCCAUUCCAUUUCAUUGUAUUGAGGAUUCAGUUAAGAACUGUUGUCUUUGAAACCCAAUUCUUCAUGAUUAACAGUUGUUAUAGUUCCAAUUUUCUUGUCUCUGUUAAUUGUU